CCAUAUGCAUGGAUGGAUUGCUUGCUCCAUACCAUUACUGCAAAUUCUACCACCUACAAAUAUCAUUCUCUUGUUAACAAGAUUGCGUGUUUUUCCUGUCUGUCUACCCAUUCAUUACCUAGCUAAUUUGUUUGUUCUUUACAUCAUCGAUCACACCAUCACUUUUAGCUCAUAAAACCACAUUAAUGAAUGUAAUGGGACCCAGUUCCAAAAUCCGAUUGUGUGUGUCUAUAUAAAUAUAUAUACAUAUUGCAGCAAGCUUACCACACCAUUCCACCCUCUAGCUAAAUUCAUUCCAACCCUCGUCAAUAUGCACUUCCCAACUCUUCUUCCCUCAGCUCUCUUCCUAGCAUUCAUCAUCCCUAUCUUCUGCCCUUUUUCAUGCCUUAGACUCUCAGCAGCAUGCCAUGUCGACGAUGAAACUGGGCUAUUGGGUUUCAAGUCGGGUAUCAGGGCCGAUCCAUCUGGCAUGCUUGCCUCAUGGAAGAAGGGCACAGAGUGUUGCAAAUGGUUGGGCGUCACAUGCCUAAGCGGCGACCGGGUCACUGCUUUGAGUCUUGCCGGGCAACCCAACAAUCUCACCUCCAGUUUAACGGGUACAAUCUCGCCUUCUCUAUCCAAGCUCAAGUACUUGGAUGGCCUAUAUCUCCAGGAUCUCAAAAAUUUGGGAGGCCCUUUCCCAGAUUCUCUUUUCACUCUCCCAAAACUCUUGUUUGUUUAUAUUGAAAACAAUAAGUUGUCUGGUCCAAUACCCACAAACAUUGGCAAUCUCAUCGAACUAGAGGCACUAAGUCUGCAAGGGAACCAAUUCUCUGGGCCGAUACCAAGUUCAAUCGCUGAUUUGACUCAACUGACUCAGCUCAAACUCGGCGGAAACCUUCUCACCGGCACCAUCCCCCUUGGCAUUCAGCGCCUCAGGAACCUCACCCUGCUGCAUUUGGAGCGCAAUCAAUUGUCUGGGCCAAUACCAGAUCUGUUUUCGGGCUUAUCUAACCUCAGAUCCAUUACGCUUUCUGACAAUAACUUCACAGGAACAAUUCCAGGGAGCAUCUCAGCACUAGCGCCAAAACUGGCCUAUCUGGAGCUGGCCCAUAACUCCCUGACUGGGAAAAUCCCUGAUUUUCUGGGGAAAUUCCAUGCCCUCGACACAUUGGAUCUGUCGUGGAACCAUUUCUCAGGAACGCUUCCAAAAAGUUUUGCCAAUCUCACCAAGAUCUUUAAUCUUAACCUGUCUCAUAAUAAGCUAGUGGAUCCGUUUCCAGAACUGCAUGUGAGAGGUAUCGAAUCCUUGGAUUUAUCCUACAAUCAGUUCCAUUUAGGGAGAAUUCCUGAGUGGGUUACCACAUCUCCAAUUAUAUACUCUUUGAAGUUAGCCAGAUGUGGAAUCAAGAUGAAAUUGGAGGAGUGGAAGCCUGCAGAGACGUACUUCUAUGAUUACAUUGAUCUGUCGGAGAAUCAAAUAACGGGAAGCCCAGUAAAGUUGUUGAACAGAACAGAUUAUUUGGUGGGAUUCUAUGCUUCUGGCAACAAGUUGAAAUUCAAUCUGGAGAGUAUAAGAUUUGUGAAGAGUUUGAAGCACUUGGAUUUAUCGCGCAAUUUGGUUUAUGGGAAGGUGCCAAAGGCGAUUUCCGGUCUGUCGGAGUUGAAUGUGAGUUACAACCACUUGUGUGGUCAAUUGCCGUCGACAAAGUUUCCGGCCAGCACAUUUGCUGGGAAUGAUUGUCUCUGUGGGUCUCCAUUACCAAAAUGCAAAGCUUAAUCAUGAUGAUCAUCCGCUUACAAUUGCGAAAAUCUGACUUGGGUUAUUACUAAAAUUCCGUUUCCUAAUAUAUGUUUGUUUCCAGGAAACUCUUAUAAUAUUGACGCCAUAUAUGUUUAU